AGAGGGUCCAGAGUCUCUUCUGACACUUGAAAGUGGAUGCUCUGUGUCUUCAGAUGAUAACAAGACAACCUCCUUAGCCUCCGGAAGAACAGAGGCUCAGGGAUCUUUGAUGUCUGAAAGUGUACUCUCUGGCUUGUCUGAUGGUCAUGAAUUGAGACAUUCCCCAGUUGAAAAAACAGAGCCUGAAAACUUUUUACAAGUACCUGAAAGUGAAUCUUCCAAGCUGGUUGACAUCUCUGAGUCAAGGUCACUAUCAUCUGAAGCAGCAGAGGCUCAGAAUUCUUCUCUAGCACCUAAAGUUCCAUGCUCUGCAUUCCCUGAUGCCUGUGAGUCAGCCUCCUUGCCUGUUGAAAAGGGCCAGAUGCAGGAGCGUUCUCUGUCUUCUGACAGUGGAUGCUUCAGAUCUCCUGAUGCUCUUGAGUCUGGAUCCAGCUUUAAUGCACAAACAGAGGAGCUGCUGUUGAUGUCUGAGACUAGGCCCUUCAGGUCACCUGAUGGAAAUGAACAAAGGUCUUUAUCUGCUGAAAAAGUCAAGGCUCCAGAUGUUUCCUUGCAAGCGGAAUGCAGCCGUGUUGAGAUUUUGGAUGACCUCGUUUCAGCGUCGUCAUUUGGAAAAGUGCAGGAAGUUGUACUGACAACUGUAGAACAAAGCUGCAAGUCCUCUGGCGUUCAUGAGUCCAGAUCAUCUGUUGACAGAGAUGGUCUAACACUUCCACAAGUACUCGAAAUUGAGUGCUCUGAACCUUCUGAAAUGCAUGAAUCGAGAUACCUGCCUGCUGGAAAAAUAGAGGGUGCAGGACCUGUAUUGAUGUCUAGAAGUGGAAUUCCUGUGUGCCAUGAUGGCCAUAAAACAAAACACAAUUACUUUGAGAAAACAGAAGGUGCAGAACUGUUGUUGGCAUCUGAACUUAGGUGUUCUGUCUUCCCUGAAGGCUAUGAAUUGACAUCUGCUGCAGUUGAAAAAAUGGAGAUGCAGAGGCUGGAAAGUGGAUUCUCCAAGUCUGCUAAUGUUAGUGAAGCAUUAAGCACACCUAUGGAAAAACUACAGGCCUCAGUGGCUUCGCUGACAUCUGAAGGUGGACUUUUCCUGUUGCCUGAUAGUCAUGAACUGAGACCUGUCCCUGCUGAAGAAGUGGAGGUGCUAAAGUCAUCUGAACUGAAAUGUGUUGCAUCCCCAGAUGACCACAAGUUGAGAUCUGCCUGUCAUGAAGAAAUACAGGUGCAGGAGCCACCUGUAGCGGAAAGCAGGUGUUCAGUUUUGUCUGAUGGUGAUGAGUUGACAUCCACCUCUUUUGAAAAAGUUGAGAUAGAGGAGCCUUCUCAGUUGUCUGCAAAUGAAUACACAAUUGGGCUUGAUGGCCCAGAGUUGACAUCAACCCCUGCUGAAAAAACAGAACUGCGGGAACUUUAUCGGAUGUCUAAAGAAAGAUGCUCUGUGUCUGUUGAGAGUGAGGAGUUGCAGACACCCCUAGUUGAAGUGCAAAAGCCUGCUCUGGCAUUUGAAAAUGAAUAUACUGUGUCUUGGGAAGGCCAGAUGACAUCUAGCUCUCCUGAAAAGGUAGAGAUACAGGAGGCUUCUAUAGUACCUGACAGGGAACAUGCUGUGUCUUCUGAAGAACACAAAUUGCUGUCUUCCCUUGCUGAAAAAACAGAGAUACAGGAGUGUUCUUUGCUGUCUGAAAAUGAAUAUGUUGUAUCACCUCACACCCAGGAUGUGGCAGCCAGCCCUGCUGAAAAAGAGGUGCAGGAGCAUUCUCUGACAUCUGACAGUGGAUAUACCAUCUUCUCUGAAGGCCAGGGAUUACAGUUUACCCUUGCUGAAAAAACAGUGGUGCAGGGACCUUCAGUGAUAUUGGGCAGUCAAUAUGUUGCAUCCUGUGAGGGUCAGGAGUUGCACUCCGCUGUCACUGAAAAAACAGAGGGGCAGGAGUGUUCUUUGCUGUCUGAAAACGAGUAUGAUAUAUCCCCUCAACGCUGUGAUUUAAAGUCCAGUCCUGUUGAAAAAGAAGAAAUGGAGGAACCUUGUGAAACAUCUGAAAGUGAAAGUUCAAUGUCCACUGAUAGCCAAGAGCUGCAGUCUGCUGCUGUUGGAAAAACAGAGGUGCAGGAGUUGUCUUUGUCUGAAGGUGAAUGUGCCAUGUCCCCUGGUGGUCAGGAGCUGCAGUCCAGCCCUGCUGAAAAAGUAGAGGCAAAGGAACCUUUUCUGACAUCUGAAAAUGAACAUGUUCUGUCCCCUCAAGAAUGUGAAUCAAGGUUGGCUCAUGCUGAGAAAACAGAGGAUAUGAGUUCUUCUUUGACAUCUGAAAAUGACAAUCUUCUGUCUUUUGAAGGCCAGGAUGUAAGAUUCACAGCUGCUCAGAAAGCAGAUAUGCGGGAGCUUUCUUCAACUCCUGAAAAUGAACAUGCAGCAUCUCCUUAUGGCCAGGAGUUGAGAUUCUCUGCUGUUGGAAAAGAAGGUGGUUUUGAAGUUUCAACGCUAAAUGAUAGCAUCUCCGUGUCCCCUGAUGACUUGAAAGCCAUCCCUGCUGAAAAAAUGGAUGAUGCAAUGCCAUCUUUAAUUCCUGAAAGUGCAUCUUCCAUGUCCCCUGAUGGCUACAGUGUAAAAUCUGGUCCUGGCGAAGAAACAGGAGAUCUAGAGCCCUCUUUGUUAUCUGAACGUAGACAUUCUACAUCCUCAUAUCAAGAAAGCCAUGAGCUGAAAUCUCCCAUGGAGGAGGAAGGUCUAGAGUCGUCUUUGACUCCUGAGCAUAGACGAUCUGUGUCCCCUGAGGGCCAUGACCGAAAAUCUGUCAUAGAUGAAGAAAUGGAUGAUCGGGAACCCUCUUUGACAUCUGAACAUAGGCGCUCCACAUCCCCUGAUGAGCAUGAGUCAAGAUCUAGCAUUGGUGAAGAAGCAGAGUAUCUGGAGCAGCCUUUGACAACAGAACGUAGACGCUCUGUGUCUUCUGAUGAGCAUGAGUCAAGGUCUACUGCUGGGGAAGAGGUAGAGGAUGCAGAACCCUCCCUUACAGGUGGGCGAAGAGAUUCCACAUCCUCUGAUGAGCAGGAGUCGAGGUCUACUGCUGGUGAAGAUGCGGAAGAUGGGGAGCCCUCAUUGACAGCUGAACGUAGACACUCCACGUCCUCUGAUGAUCGUGAAUCAAGGUCUACAACUGGUGAAGAAACAGAGGAUUUAGAACCUUCUUUGACAGCUGAACAUAGACGCUCCGUGUCUCCUGAUGGCCGUGAGUCAAGGUCAACUACCGGUGAAGAAGCAGAGGACCGGGAGUGCUCUCCAGCAACUCAACGUAGACACUCCACAUCCUCAGAUGAAUCUGAGUCAAGGUCUACUGCUGGUGAAGAUGUGGAUGAUGUGGAGCCCUCCUUGGCAGCUGAACGAAGAGAUUCCACAUCAUCAGAUGAUCAUGAGUCAGGGUCUACCGCUGGUGAAGAAGCAGAGGAUGUGGAACCCUCUUUGACAACUGAACACAGACGUUCCACAUCCCCUGAUGGACAUGAAUCGAGGUCUACCAGUGGUGAAGAAGUGGAUGAUGUGGAGCCUUCUUUGGCAGCUGAACGAAGAGACUCCACGUCGUCAGAUGAGCAUGAGUCAAGGUCUACCACUGGGGAAGAGGGUGAGGAUGGAGAGCCCUCUUUGGCAGAUGAAGAUAAACAAGAUUCUGUGCCUCUUGAGAGAUCGGAGGAACAGGACUCUGCCUUUGUACCCGAAAGUAGGCGUUCUGAGUCUUCUGAACGUGAAAAAUCCAGAUCCAGAUCCGUUGAUAAAAUGUCUGACAAAGAGUCUUCACGGAGAUCCAUAAGCAGACAUUCAAAGUCUCCUGCUCACCAAAAGAGUCGAUCCACAUCUGUUGAAAAAGAGGCAGACAGAGAAUCUUCACGGAGAUCUAGACGUAGGCGCUCCAGGUCUACUGCUCACCCAAAGAGUAGAUCCACAUCUGUUGAGAAAACAGACAAAGAAUCUUCACGGAGGUCUAGACGUAGGCGCUCCAGGUCCACUGCUCGCCAAAGGAGUCAGUCAACAUCAGUGGAAAAAGUGGCAGACAAAGAAUCUUCGCGGAGAUCUAGACGUAGGCGCUCCAGGUCCACUGCUCGCCAAAGGAGUCGAUCCAAAUCUGUUGAAAAAACAGCAGACAAAGAAUCUUCACGGAGAUCUAGAAGCAGACGCUCCAGGUCUUCUCAGCGCAGAUCCCAGAGGUAUGAUACAGAAUCUCGUUCUAGACGGAAUCGCUCCAGAUCAGUAACACGGAGAAGAGCAUCAAGAUCAAAAUCUAAUCGUCGGUCUCGGUCUAGUUCGUUGUCGCGUUCAAGGCACAGAAGGAGGAGUAGGUCAAGGUCAGCAUCAAGACGGCGGCGUUCUUUAUCAAGGGACAGGCGUAAGAGAUCGCAGAGAAACAGAUCAAGGUCUACUGAUAGAAGAAGAAGAAGAUCAGAUUCAAGAGAUCGUAGGAUAUCUCUCAGACUACGAAGCAGGAGUCGAACACCUAUUCGUCAAAGGCGAUCAAGAUCAAGAGGAAGAAGACGGAGCUCUAGUAGGUCACCAAUUCGGCUGCGGCGAUCAAGAUCUUCAGGGAGAAGAAGAUACAGCAGAUCACCUGAUCGUCGUAGGUCAAGGUCAUCAGAAUUUUCAAACAGGUCACCUAAACGUCUUACAGACUUGGACAAGGCCCAGCUACUUGAAAUCGCCAAAGCUAAUGCAGCUGCCAUGUGUGCUAAGUCUGGUGUUCCCUUACCACCAAGCCUGAUGCCUUUGUUGUCUCAAAAGAAAGACGACAAAGCCAACCAGAAGUCAUCAAGAGAUACGCUAAAGGAGCUCACUGAGAAAUGCAAAAAGAUUGCUCAGAGCACAGAUGAUGUGAUAGUGAACAAACCUCAUGUUUCUGAUGAAGAGGAGGAAGAGCGUCCUUUCUAUAAUCAUCCUUUUAAGCUCAGUGAACCCAAACCUAUAUUUUUCAAUUUAAGUACUCCCAGCAUAAAACCAGCACCACCUCCACAACCAAAAAAUCAAGUCAGCCUGUCAAAGGAAUUCCCUGUUUCAUCUGGGUCUCAGCAUAGGAAAAAGGAAGCAGAUAGUGUCUAUGGAGAAUGGGUUCCAGUUGAAAAAGGCAAAGAAGACAGCAAGGAUGAUGUUUUCCCCAAACCAUCAAUUGAGGGCGUGGACAUAACUACAGCUAUGAAUGAUCGAGCAAUAGCUCAGAAAAGGCUUAAUGAAAACACAUUUGAUUUAGAGGCCAUGUGCAUGCUAAAUCGUGCACAGGAACAGAUUGAUGCCUGGGCUCAAUCAAACUCCAUACCUGGCCAGUUCACAGGAAGUACUGGAGCACAGAUAUUGUCCUCGGAUGAGCUGACCAACAGUGGUCCCCAAGCGUGGAUUAGAAAGGAUCAGUUCUUAAGAGCAGCCCCUGUAACUGGAGGAAUGGGAGCUCAACUGAUGAGAAAAAUGGGCUGGAGAGAAGGAGAAGGGCUUGGGAAAAACAAAGAAGGCAGCGUUGAGCCAAUUAUGGUGGACUUUAAGACAGAUCGGAAAGGGCUUGUUGCUGUGGGAGAGAAGGCACAGAAGAGAUCUGGACAUUAUGUUGUGAUGAAGGAUCUUUCAGGUAAACAUCCCGUUUCUGCUUUGAUGGAGAUCUGUAACAAAAGAAGGUGGUCACCACCUGAAUUUGUGUUGGUGGAUGAUAGUGGGCCUGAUCAUCGCAAACAUUUUAUCUUUAAGGUGAGAGUCAAUGGAAAUGAAUACAGGCCUACUUUUGCCAGCCUUAACAAGAAGCAUGCUAAAGCCACAGCAGCAACUGCGGCUCUCCAAGCGAUGGGACUUGUACCAAAGGAAAGCAUGGUUAAUACCACCAUGUUUAGGAGUGCCUCACACCGCUAGAUAUUGUUUUUUAUAUUGACAUUAUUUCAGAUAAUUUUACUCUGCACAAAAAUGGUAUUUGCCCUUUCAUGUUGUAAAUACAUUGGCAAUUCCCACGUUGUAAAAACUGUACAGACACCUUCAGGUUUUUCUUUUGUACCAUCAAAAUGUAUUUAAAUCAUACUUAGUUUUUGGUAUGUUUAUAUUGUUUACAUUAGUGAUGUAAUUAUUUCUUAAAUGACUAAAUCAGACGACAGACUCUGGAGGCAUCAGUAAUUGAAACCCUUGUUUUAAAGCUCGUGCGAUUCCUCUUCAAUACGGAAUGUUAACACUUUCAUACUGUUUUGUAUGAUGCUGCAGUUUUCUCUGGUCUCGGUAAAGCUACCCGUGCACGUUGCCGGCAGCUGGUGAAGGUCAUGUGCUCACCCAUGGUUGGUCGAGGCCAGGUACCAGGCAGCGCCGCAGCCCCGUGAGAAAGCACAUGGUGAUAGCCCUGUUGUACAGUGUUAGCACCGUGGCUGCUGUCUGUGUUCAGUCCAGGGUUGGACUCGGUGGUGCACUGCAGCUGGCCCCGCAGCCCAUGCUCCAGGACGUACGUGAUUUAGGCAAAAGACAUGCACUUGAAGGGACGGCAGGAAGUCCAGCAGUGGAUCCCGUGAGACUCGCGACGUGAAGGUGACUCUCCCUGCAUGUUCUAAGAAGGGAGAUGAUGGAGUUGUCUAUUCCAAACAAAUUAACACACUGCCUGAUGUUGAUUGUAUGAUUUUGUGGUUAAUGUGAAUUUUAAACUCUUAACAAAUCUACAACUGGAUUUGGGGGGGAGGGAAGGGAUAGAAUGAUGCUUAAAUUGUUGUACCCAAAUUGGUCAAUAAAAGCAGCACAAGUUCAUAAUCUUAAUCACUGGUCAGUAAGCAGUAAUUCAAGUGUCUGCCAAGUUGACUUGUGGAAGAAGGGUGCAGUGUAAGAGUAUGCUGAGGAUCACCAAUAACUGUUAGGGCUGCAGGGUCACUUCUAGUUGCUUUGGAGUAUUACCAAAUUAAUUCCAUGGGCUUCCACUUUCUGUAAUGGUACUCUGCCCUCAAGGAGACAGCCUGAUCCAGAGUUUAGGCAGUUGGACAAGGGAGAGGAUGUACAAAGCUUUCCCUUCUUUUAUCUUCCCCCACCCCUCCUUUUUUUUCCACUUUUAAUUUAAGAAGUGUUAAUACUUGAGCUGUAAUCACUUUGGAUUGGAAAGGGCAUUGCACACCUCUGGCUGUAUUUGUCUGAGUUAUGAUCAGGGUGCCAGGAUUUAUGGACUUCUGCAGCUCAUGUGCUUAUUUCAGAAAAGUCUUUCUGAGGUUUCUUUGUAUUACACCCCCUGAGCAAAGCCUCGUCUGGGAUAGGAACAAAACACAGUUUGUACACAGCAAGGCUGCGCUCAGGCCUAAAGCGUGUGAGCUUUGCCAUGGUAACAGGAACAGAGGUGAAGAAUUACUAGUACCUCUUCCACAAAGUAAGAUGACCUGUGUGUAUUCUGCCAACUGUUAAAGAACAAGGUGUCUUUCUGUGCCCUGAAGGGACAAGGGUCUAUGUCUUGUGUUAUGUACAGCAGAGAAAUGGUGUUUGGUUGUUGACUGCCCACUUCCAUAAAAUAAAGACCCUUACUCGUCUGUCAAAGCGCUCUAGGCCUAAGUUAAUUUUCAUGGACAUAAUUGUCUGUAAUUAAAACUUUUUUCCCUUUGGC